UACGCAGCGCGCGUUUCCGCUAGAUAAUAGUAUCGCGCGCAUUACGGCACACGCGCGUGUUUUUCCGCGUUGUCAACAACAAAGGGUCCGAUCGCGGCGAGACAGCCGCGAGAAGGUAUACCACGUCGUCGCGCUCAUGGCAGAUCAUGAGGUCGUCGAAGCGAAAAGCAGCUGGAUUUGGGGAUGGUUUAGCUGGUCUGGAUCGUCUUCAACCAUGUUACGUACUGUGGAAAAAAAGAUUCUGUCAUGUUUAAAAACAGCGUAUAGAGGAUGGUAUGUGGAUAUUGGACCAGUAGUGGGUCCGGCGGAUAAAAUAUGGACUAUUUCAUUGAAUGAAGAAUCACCAAAGACACCAAUUGUUCUAUUACAUGGUUUAGGAUCUGGAGUAGCAUUAUGGUGUUUAAAUCUGGACGCACUUGCAUCUCAGAGACCAGUAUAUGCCAUUGAUUUAUUAGGAUUUGGUAGGAGUAGCAGACCUGUUUUCAGCCAUGAAGCACAAAAAGCUGAAGAACAAUUAGUACGUUCCGUAGAAGAAUGGAGAAGGGAAAUGCAACUAGAAAAUUUUGUAUUAUUAGGUCAUUCAAUGGGUGGCUUUCUUGCAGCAUCUUAUGCUAUGCAAUAUCCUGAAAGAGUAAAACAUCUCAUACUAGCUGAUCCAUGGGGCUUUCCUGAAAAGCCAGCUGAUGCUGCUACAAAGGCAAACAUACCAAUAUGGGUUAAAGCUAUAGCGUUUGCAGUGCAGCCGUUGAAUCCUUUGUGGGCAGUUAGAGUUGCUGGACCAUUUGGACAGUGGCUCAUUGAGAAGACAAGACCUGACAUAGUGAAGAAGUUUUCUCCCCUAUUAAAGGAUGAUACUGCUGUUAUUUCGCAAUAUAUACAUCAAUGCAAUGUGCAGACACCAUCAGGUGAAAGUGCAUUUCAUGCAAUGAUGUAUGGUUUUGGGUGGGCCAAAAAUCCUAUUGUCAAACGGAUGCACAAGUUAAGAGAUGAUAUACCUAUAACAUUACUAUAUGGUAGUAGAUCUUGGGUUGAUAAUUCAGCUGGUGAAAUGAUUAAACAGAAUCGAUCUUCAUCGUACGUUAACGUACAGGUAAUUACUGGAGCUGGCCAUCAUGUUUAUGCGGACAAAAGUGAAACCUUCAAUAAAUACGUACUGGAAGCAUGCGCAUUAAGUGAUUCGAUACCUCGCUUAACAUCAUCAAAUUUACGUUCGUAUGCUAAAUUCACUAGUGAAGAAAUAGACAUGACCUUACCUAACGAAACGCUUGAAACACGUAGACCCGAAGAACAAAAAGUAGACACAUCAGGAUCAACUAAGAUUUAAUUAAAAUCCAAUAAUUUAAAAAUAUUUUCAUAAAACAGAAUGUUCCACUCUAUUAUUACUAGUACAAAGAACUAUAUGGUAAUUGCAUAUUGUAAUGUAAUGGAGAAUACCGCAUACGCGAUAUAUUAAACAUAAAAAUAAGUUUUUAAUUUUUCGUUUACGUUGUGUGACAGAGCAACCUUAUAUAUAAUAUACAAAUAUGAUAUUGUAAAAAUGUAAACUGAUAGACGUUGGCUUUAUGUGAUAAUUGUAGAUAUUGCAUAAUUUACAUAUUCCGCUUUCAGUUCGGAAAUUAUGACAAUGUAUUCUGCAAAUAUGUGGAAUUUAUAGAAGAAUAAUCUUGCCAUAAGUAAGAUUUACAUUCUUUAUAAUCGUCAAUUUUGAUCACAAUUGAUUAAAUUCUUAUCAUAUAAUGCUAUAAGAAAUUUCUAUAAGUCAAAGCGAUCAAAGAGCUUGUAUAUGACAUGUAAUUAUGUGAUAAAGGGUUUGUACAUUAUGUACAGUCUUACUUAUAGAUGUAGUAAAUAUAAACUGUGCGCGCGUAAUGUAAGCUACAUAUCCUAUCUUAACCACAAAAAAUUCAUGCAUCAAAAUUAGAAAGAAAGUGGCAAUAUUUCAAGAGUCUGUUCAUCAUUUUUUAAUUAGAGUGAAAUCGUUUCCAUAGUGAUCAGAAUCUUAUAUCUUAUAUUUGAGAGAGAGUCGGACUCUCCAAAACUCUUUCUAAUUGUGGCGCAAUGCUUGAUUGAUACGCCUGUGCAGUCUUUACUUACUAUGUUUAUGGUCUCACCUUUGUUAAAACAGACUAAUGUCCAGAAAAUAGUGACUAGUCUUUUUAUUGUUUUUAAUUGCAUUAUCUCGUACCUAUAGCAAGAUUAUGUAUAUUGUACAAUACAGUUUAUUAUUAAUAAAUUAUUUAUUGUACACUAACGCGCAAAGAAAGUUGAACAUUAGUAUUAUAUUUAUAUUGAAUAAUAAAGAUUGUU